ACCGCUGCCGCUGUGUGUGUUGCUGUUGGCCGCCGCCGGCGCUUUCGUGGGGGUGCGAAGAAAAGUGUCGAGCUCAGUCGCAUUCUCGCCGCGGUCUCGUCUGCCGUGCGCGUUUCUUUCGAGGCGGGGGUGCCGACACGGUGGAUCGCCGCGGCGAGCACAGUGCCUCGCGACGCAGGAGUAGCGCGGUGGCAUUUUCGAAGAUAGGGAGACGGGCCUCCGCUCGCCGCGGUAUCAAGCAGGCGACGUCGUCGACUGCGCGUCGUCGCGGUUCGAGCGCUGGCCCUUCGCCAUCGUCGGCGCGCUCCGCUGACUCCACGUUCUCUCGCACUCUACGCGCAAGCGGCCAGCGCGACGGCUGCGGCAUGGUGGCGUUCUACACGGCCGGCAUGCUCGACUUGGAGUCGCUGAUCGCCGAAGUGGAGAAGCAUCCGCUGCUCUACGACCCCGGCCAUCGAGAACAGAGGGACUUCUUCAAGCGGUCGCAGGCCUGGAAGGCCAUCGCGAAAGCCAUGAACUCUACACCUUCGGCCUGCAAGAGGCAAUGGAGGAGCGUGCGGGACCGGUUCGUGCGAGAGGAGAGGCUGUCCAAGCUGCAGUCGGAGACCGAGGAUGACCGUCUCGCCAAGUGGGGCCUCUACAAGCACCUCGGCUUCCUCGUCAGGGCCUACCAGACCCGGCAGAGCCUCAGCGAUGCCGCGGGUUCCGAAAAGAAAGCCGUCGUCGUCGGUGGCCAGCGGGGAACCUCGCAGGCCGUGCAGUCUGUGCAGCCUGUGCAGCUGCAAGCCGUCCAGCUGGUGCAGACCUCGGCAGGCGAACGGGACAAAGGUGCGGUCGUGGCCGCCGACUACGACGCGGGAUCGGAGUGCGUCAUCCUGCACCCCGACGCCAUCACGCAGAGUGUCCUCCUGUCAAUGGUGAAUAUGCCAUCUCCGGACGAAAUCAUCAUUCCUGAUCAACCGCCAUUGAUAGACCUCGGGGACUCGACUAACUGCGGCACGACGUCGGGACAUGGAGAUCCCUCGGAGUCUACGCAACGUGCACCCGUCGGAGCGCUCGACCACGUGACCGUCAAGCAGGAGCCGCCUUCCUGCGCCACGUCAGAAGAAGAAACUGGAAGUGGCGACACACUUCGCGACCGUUCUGCCCCUAGCGGCGAGACGAACUCCGCCCGCCACGAUUCCUCGGUGGUGGCGCAGUCGUGGCGUCGCAAACGGAAGUCGAGCACGACGACGAACUCGACUCUCAAGCGCUCGCGCCGCGCCGACGUUGGUGCUGACGUUGACGACGGUGGAAACCGCGCUGCUGGGAGCAACGACAACGAUGUCGUCAGGAGCACCAACGCUUUGCUGCACCAUCUGGUCACAGCGACGGAGAGAGUUAAAGCCGCGGCCGAAGUCGCGACGCAGUGCAGGUUGCCGCACUUGGAUUCCGGAGACUCGGACACAAUGUUCCUGCUUAGCCUGCGCGAAAGACUUCGAAGCUUCGGUCCAAGAGAGCGGAGCCUAGCGCUGGUGAAGAUUCAAGAGGUGCUACACGAAAUCGAGUUCGGAACUGCUGCGCGUUGAGUAGAAGCGUUUCCCAUCGGAAUAAGGGCCAAGUGGAUGUUGCACCCAUGAUGCUGUCUUCAUUACAAAUUAGAGAGGUCUAGCUUGUCCGUUAUUCGGGUACGCAGGCGGACGGGGCGUUGGGGCGGAGGCGUAAACGGGAGCGGUCUGCAUGGUGCAGUCAUCUGGUGGCGCAGAGCUCAGACAGACAGAAACAGCUAAUAUCGCAGUAACCAAGUGUAUUUUACUUUGCUGCGGGUGUAAAAUUUUGGCAGCAACAGGAUUACGCCAGUGCCGAAAAUUUAUACCAGCAGCGAAGUAGAAUGCAAUUGGUUAAUGCAAUGUUAGUUUUUCUUUUUGUCUCUUUGAGCUCUGCGCCACCAGGUAGCUCCACCGUGCAGGCCGCUCGCGUUUACGCCUCCGCCCCAACGCCCAGAAUACCGGAAAAGCUAAACCUCUCAUCUCCAUUUUGUUUUCAGUAAAAAAAAAUACUCUCAAUUCUCAA